CACCUGCAAAGUCACCUGGUCUUCCCAGUCUGUUAACCACACUCCCAGGUUCGUCAUGAAAGUGCUUAUUGUCCUAUUUGCUGUUGUGGCCUCUGCUUUCGCGGCUGGCGAUGCCACUAGCGAUGCUGUUGCCAAGUUCAAGGCCACCGUCAAAGCCCAAGUCGAAGCACUCUUCCUUAGUGCCGACACAAAUAAGGAUGGGCAAUUCGACAAGGCAGACAUGGUCUCACUCUUCACCGACUACGAUUCCGACGGCGAUAAGAAUGUGACUGAGGAAGAGUUCGUGGACAAGUUCAGCGGAAACCAGAAGUCACUUUCUGUCAUCGCUAAGGGCCUCUUCUUGGAACUCGAUAUGGACGGGGACGAUGGAAUUACGGACUCUGACCUUGACCUUUACUUCAAGAAGAUUGACCAAAAUGAUGAUGGCACGGUUGAGAAGAGCGAAUUCACUAAAUAUUUCACUGAGGUCUUCACUAUCCUGUACAUCCUUGAAAUCAGGCAACAAACAGCCACAACAGCAGCAGCAUCGGGUUAAGGAGUGCAACUUGUGUAUCUAUAUACUGAACUAUCUAGGGACAACUUAUAUAAAUUCUUGAACUUCUGA